CUUCUCUCUCCCUCCCUCCCUCAGCUUGAGGUUUCCCUUCUCGCCCCGAGAAGAAACUCCAAGCUUUUUCUAUCUCCCCUUGGGUUAAUUUAUUAUUCGCUCUAGUUUUUCCCCCUGCUCCUCUCCAAUUUCUCUCCUUCUCUUUCGUACUUAUCCCUGCUGUUGUACCCACAAAAUGCAGUCCCUAUCCCCUCAAACUCCAACCAGCCUCAGGUCCGUCAUCCGCCCGACCCCACGCCCGCCGCUGCUCGCCCGAGUCCCCGCCGCCGCCCACCACCCGACCCGGUGCGCCUACCGGUCCGACUCGGUCCACUACCCCAACGGCGUCGGCUCCUGCAAGGCCGACUGGCAGAGCUCCUGCGCCAUCCUCGCCAGCAAGAUCAUCUGCCAGGACAGCCAGCCCCCCUCCACCGCCGACGACGCCAACGGCGGCCGAUCCGACAGCGUCGCCUCCGUCAACGGGCACAAGGCCGCCGUCGACCUCACCCUCGUCCCCAUCGACGUCAACAACAAGCUCCCACCUACCGCCCCCCAGCCGCCCAAGCCGCUCACCAUCACCGACCUGUCCCCGGCUCCUAUGCACGGUUCUCAGCUCCGCGUGGCCUACCAGGGCGUCCCCGGAGCCUACUCCGAAGCAGCCGCCGGGAAAGCCUAUCCGAAGUGCGAGGCGAUCCCGUGCGACCAGUUCGAGGUCGCCUUCCAGGCCGUGGAGCUCUGGAUCGCGGACCGCGCCGUCUUGCCGGUGGAGAACUCCCUCGGCGGCUCGAUCCACCGGAACUACGACCUCCUCCUCCGCCACCGCCUCCACAUCGUCGGCGAGGUCCAGCUCCCGGUCCACCAUUGCCUCCUCGCGCUCCCCGGCACGCGCGUGGAGUACCUCUCGCGCGUGAUCUCGCACCCGCAGGCGCUCUCCCAGUGCGAGCACACCCUGACGAAGCUGGCCCCGCAGGCGGCGCGCGAGGCCGUGGACGACACCGCCGGGGCCGCGGAGUACAUCGCGGCGAACAACCUCCGCGACACGGCGGCGAUUGCGAGCGCGCGCGCGGCGGAGCUGUACGGGCUCCAGAUCCUGGCGGACGGGAUCCAGGACGACUCGAGCAACGUGACCCGGUUUGUGAUGCUGGCGCGUGAGCCCAUCAUCCCGCGGACGGACCGGCCGUUCAAGACGAGCAUCGUGUUCGCGCACGACAAGGGGACGAGCGUGCUGUUCAAGGUGCUCUCGGCGUUCGCGUUCCGGAACAUCAGUCUGACCAAGAUCGAGUCGAGGCCCCACCGGAACCGGCCCAUCCGGCUCGUCGACGACGCCAACGUCGGCACGGCGAAGCACUUCGAGUACAUGUUCUACGUCGACUUCGAGGCGUCUCUCGCGGAGGUCAGGGCCCAGAACGCGCUCGCGGAAGUGCAGGAGUUCACGUCCUUCCUCAGGGUCCUGGGGAGCUAUCCCAUGGACAUGACGCCAUGGUGUCCCUCCAGGGGAGAUUAGCCCUACCCCGAAGAAUGAAGCAGCACAAUUCAUAGUACAAAUAAAUAAGAAAAAAAAUUCCAAAAAUAAACAGAGCAAGUGUUAAUUGACUGCCGUGUACUGCACAGACAGAGGAUUUUUCGUUUUCCCUUCUCUUCUUCCUAGUCCCAUUGGUUCAUUUCUUUGUCAAUCUUUCUCUUUUCUAUAAUGGGGGGGUUGGGUUUGUUCGUGAAUGAUUGUGAAACGCCAACCCAGAACGCAAAACACCGGAGUUGGUGGGUAAAUAUGUGAAGCUGUGUAGGUAGGGAGGGCGAAGAAGAUGAUGUUUAGGCUUGUCUGAAUUCGUGGGGUGUUACGUGUAAGAAUCUGAAUCCAUGGUUGCCCGCUCAAUCUGUCUUUCCCCUGCUGUGUUCUUGAACCGGGAAGCCUGGGUUCGUUCAGAUCAUUUAAGAAGAAACAGUCGAUAUUUUUCGCUUUUCUCUCC